CUCGCUCCUUCAGUCCUAAAUCAGUUUCCUGCGGCUGUCUUUUUAACUCCUCGGUAAAACUCGCUUGUCAAUGGCCAGGAGAGCCAGAGCUGCCCGCAGAGAUGGUUGCUCUUUGUUAUUAAAGUGAGAAUGACACUCGCACUUCACGUGUUCACUGUGCAUUGUCCAGUAGUCAUCCUCACGACAACCCUGUAAGUUUUGACCAUCUAGCCUUGAAAGAGCAGACAACGAAUCAUGAUCAAGUUUUUUCUUAUGGUGAACAAGCAAGGGCAAACAAGACUCUCUCGAUAUUAUGAAUACAUGGACCUUCAUAAAAGGACGAUACUAGAAGCUGAAGUAAUCAAGCAUUGCCUUUCCCGUUCAAAGGAGCAAUGUUCCUUUAUUGAGUACAAAGAUUUUAAGCUGGUAUACAGGCAAUAUGCUGCUCUUUUCAUAGUGGUUGGAAUUAAUGAAACCGAGAAUGAAAUGGCUGUCUAUGAACUCAUUCAUAAUUUUGUGGAGGUUUUGGACAAGUAUUUCAGUAGAGUGAGUGAAUUGGAUAUCAUGUUCAAAUUGGACAGAGUGCACAUAAUUUUGGAUGAAAUGGUAUUAAAUGGUUGCAUUGUAGAAACCAAUAAGACCAGAAUUCUCGCACCUCUUCUUGUUCUUGACAAAAUGGCUGAAAGCUAGGAAGACUAUGCCAUUGAAGGGUGUGUUCACACAGCAUUCUUCAAAACAGAAAGAAGGAACAAUGAACUCUGAGAAUUCAAAGGCUAGUCUUGCAACAUUCCAAAUGGGUUGAACUGAACCUUUUCAUGCUAAAAGACAACUGAAGGAAGCAAGAGCCACACCUUUACUAUCUACCUGUGAAAGGUUAAUUAGUUGCUGCUUUAUGUUUUUUAAAUAACAAAAUAUUCUCAUUGUGUAGCCAAUAAUCCAGCUGGUGAAAUAAAUAGACUCUUUAAU